CCGGCUGCGCGCUCCUGUCACAAUGUCCGCCAUUUUGAUUAAAAAAUAUGACAGGAUUUUUUUCCCUUCCUUGAGACUGUUCAGGGACUCUCGGCUGUUAAAGGCUUCGUCGGUCGCGGGGAGGAAGAAGGAAAAAUACGAACGGAAAAGUAAGAAACCCACUGCAUAAAGCGGGGCGGAAAGGAGCGAUGGGCGUGCGGGAUGGUUUGAGAGCGACAGCCCUGAAGGAGUGAGUGCCCCGGCGGCUCGCUGCCUCGCCGCGCUUCGGCGCCCACCGUCUUUCGGUGAGUCCGGGGCUCCCCGCUAGCCGCCUAGCAUGCUAACGGCGCCCCCGACGCGCGUGACCGGGAUGACAGGCGCCGUCUGCGGGAGGUUGAUAUGACAGCGAAAGUCCCAGCCGGUUACUGAAGGUUCUCCAUCCCGCUCUGUGAGAUUUACAAGGCAAAUGUUUGCCCGUCAGUGGAAACAGUUUGAUUGAAGACACAAACCUUUGCCCCGCAGGUCUGUGCACCCAGCCGCCAUGUUCUGGAAGUUCGACCUGCAUAACACGUCCAACGUGGACAAGCUGCUGGACAAGGAUGACGUGACGCUGCAUGAGUUGAUGGACGAGGAUGAUGUCCUGCAGGAGUGCAAGGCCCAGAACCGCCGGCUGCUCACAUUCCUCAGCCAGGAUUCGUGCAUGCAGGAGAUGGUGGCGCUGAUCACGCGGGAACCCCCGCUGGACCUGGAGGAGAAGCUGCGCUUCAGGUACCCGAAUGUAGCCUGCGAGCUUCUGACGUCGGAUGUGAGCCCCAUCAAUGACAAGCUGGGGGCGGACGAAUCCCUCUUGGAGAAGCUGUACGGCUUCCUGGAACAGGAGCCCCCCCUUAACCCCCUGCUGGCCAGCUUCUUCAGCAAGAUCUUUGGAAAUCUCAUCGCCCGCAAGACCGAGCAGGUCAUUGCCUUCCUGAGGAAGAAGGAGGGUUUCGUCAGUCUGUUGCUGAAGCACAUAGACACCUCGGCUAUGAUGGACCUGCUGCUUCGCCUUGUCAGCUGUGUGGAUCCUGCCACCUUAAGGCUGGAGGUUCUUAAUUGGCUGAACGGCGAGAAUCUAAUCGAGCGCCUGGUGGGGUUAGUCCACAGCGAGGAGGAUGAGGAGAGGCAGUCCAAUGCCUCACAGACCCUGUGUGACAUCAUACGUCUGAGUCGGGACGGGAGUGUGUCGCUGCAAGAACAGAUAGAACCUGCGCAGACGGACCCACUGCUCACCAAGCUUGAGGCGCAGCAGACCGUGGAGAAGCUCCUGCAGAACAUGUUCUCAGGAGAGCGCAGCGAGGUGUGCAUCGUCAGCGGGACCCAAGUGCUCCUUACGUUACUCGAAACCCGGCGGCCGGGGAUUGAAGGCCUGAUGGAUCUGUGCUCUCAGGGAUACGAACGAUCUCACACUGUCAAUAGUAGCGUGUUACAGGGCAUCGAGCCUCAUCUGAAGGACUUCCACCAGGUUCUCCUGGACCCUCCCAAGAAAUGCGCCAUGCUGACAAGCCUGGGCGUGCUGGAGGAGCCCCUGGGCAACGCGCGACUGCAUGUUGCCCACCUGGUGGCAGCGCUGCUUCAGAGCUGCACGCCUGGCGUGGCAGCAGAGCUGUGCCGCCUCAACACCGUGGACCUGCUACUUGAUUUAUUUUUUAAAUACACCUGGAAUAAUUUCUUGCACUUCCAAGUGGAGCUGUGUGUGACAGUCAUCAUGAACCAGCCCAGCCAGGAGGAGAACCCUGAGAGGAGUCUGGGAAGCAAGGAGCCCCCGGAGACCUUGGACAGCAGCACGCACCAGCCCGACACCCCCCAGCCACAUGUGCUGGUGACCCAUCUGUUCCAGACGUGCCACCUGGUGCAGAGGAUCCUUGACGCCUGGGAAGAGAAUGACAAAAUACAGGCAGAUGGUGGCAUGAGGCGGGGCUACAUGGGCCACCUGACCAGAAUAGCCAAUAGUGUGGUGCAGAACACGGAGAAAGGCCCCGCCCAGGUACAGAUCAGCGACAUCAUCAAAGAUCUGCCCGAGGACUGCAGGGGACGCUGGGAGAGAUUCGUGGACGAGACAUUGGCGGAGACCAACAGGAGAAACACGGCGGACCUGGUGAGCACACACAACCUGCACUCCUCCAGCGAGGACGACGACCUGGAGGGCCCCUUCCCCAACGAGAUGUCUCUGCAGCAGGCCUUCUCGGACUACCAGAUCCAGCAGAUGACGGCCAACUUUGUGGAUCAAUUUGGUUUCAACGAUGAGGAAUUCGCUGAGCACGAUGACAAUAUCAAUGCUACGUUUGACAGGAUUGCGGAGAUUAACUUCAGCUUAGAUGUGGACGAUGACACUCAGGCCAACGUCACCAUGUUUGAGGCUUGCUGCAAGGAGCGGAUACGGCCGUUUGAUGAUGCCGAGGAGGACGAGGAGGACGAGGACAUCUGGGAGGAGGGACAAGUGGACUAUGCAGCACAGGUCAAGAAGAGGAGCAGGUUUGGGGUUUCCCACAUCACCAAGGGUGACGUUGCGAAUGGGGAAGAGGGCAAGGAGUCCCGAACAGGGGGUGCCCACGCCGAGAAUCACAAGAACAGGGUCCACGGGCAGGACUCGGAGAUGGACUCCCCAGAAACAGGCCCGGGAUGGACAGCCAGCUUCGAGGACCUCCUGACUUCGAAGGCGCCGCUCAGCCGGGCAGCGGUGGAAAUGGAAUCAGGCACGUGGGAGGCAGCCAGCCCCCAGCCAGGUGCCGACGACAAAGGCUGGGCCAGGUUCACGGAUCUUCGGUCCUUCCAGCGCUCAGAGUGCCAGCCCUCCGCAGAAGGAAGCCCGAAGCACGAUGCAGAUACCAGCCGGGCAACCUGCACGUGGGCCAUCGGCUCCAACCUCAAGGCGCCCCUAGUGGCCUCUGACAGCAGCUCCUCUGGGAGUUCAGACAGCGAGGAGGAUGAUGAGGAGGAUGAGGAGGCUGAGAAAAAGGCUGUCAGUGUCAUGGAGACAAGCGUCAUGGAGACAGUCACCGGGGGCACCGGCACGGAGUCGAUUGCAGAGGGUGCUGCUAAGGAGUCAGGCGCCGGCAAGGAGACUGUAACCGGGGGCGCCGCCAAGGAGACUGUCACCGGGGGCGCCGCCAAGGAGACUGUCACCGGGGGCGCCGCCAAGGAGACUGUCACCGGGGGCUCCGCCAAGGAGACUGUCACCGGGGGCUCCGCCAAGGAGACUGUCACCGGGGGCGCCGCCAAGGAGACUGUCACCGGGGGCGCCGCCAAGGAGUCAGGCGUCAGCAAGGAGACUGUCACCGGGGGCGCCGCCAAGGAGACUGUCACCGGGGGCGCCGCCAAGGAGACUGUCACCGGGGGCGCCGGCACGGAGUCGAUUGCAGAGGGUGCUGCUAAGGAGUCAGGCAUCAGCAAGGAGACUGUCACCGGGGGCGCCGCCAAGGAGGCUGUCACCGGGGGCGCCGCCAAGGAGGCUGUCACCGGGGGCGCCGCCAAGGAGGCGGUCACCGGGGGCGCCGGCAAGGCGACGGUCACCGGGGGCGCCGGCAAGGCGACUGUCACCGGGGGCGCCGGCAAGGCGACUGUCACCGGGGGCGCCGGCAAGGCGACUGUCACCGGGGGCGCCGCCAAGGCGACUGUCACCGGGGGCGCCGCCAAGGCGACUGUCACCGGGGGCGCCGCCAAGGCGACGGUCAAACUGACCACAGACACCAAGAAAGAGAAGCCCGUGUUCAUCAGCGCUGAAGUCGCCUCCAUCCCCCUUGAUAAGCUGACUGUUGCUGACGGACCCCCAGAGCCCGCGGAGAACCCCGAAAGGACAGAUCCCACUGGCAUCCAAUGGCACGGCACCGUGACUGACCUCACUGUGACGGACAGGAGAGAGGAGGUGCCACCAUCGGCAGAAGCUGCUGUCAACGGGCCAGCUUGAUGGGGCUGAACCAGGAAACGGACAAGCCACGCCCAUUUCUGUGAUGCAACUUUUUUAGAUUUAUUUUUUAAAUUUCAUUCUUUUUUUUCCCACUGAUAAAUGCUGCGGUUUGUUACAGGAAGUGGCCAAUCAGAAUUUGAGAUAGAGACGGGGGUGUGUGUGGGGAUACAGAAAAGAUACAGAAAAUCCACAGACGGGGGGGGGGGGGGGGGCAUCUUAGCUGAUGCUGAGUUUGUUCCCUCUACAUGUAGCAGUGACUUGUCCUCCGUUUCCUGGGAGACGAGGCCCUGACUGUCUCCGCCCACACAACCUCCCUUCCUCCUGUGACAGUAUUGCUCACAAGAGACCAGGGCCGCCAGGCCAAAGUGGCCUCAUGGUCACCCCCUGGUGGUGGUGGGAUUUAAGGCACUAUGACUCUGUGGCAGCUGACUGUGGUUCUUUGUUUUCCCUGCUGGAACAACAACACAUUUCCAGAAUUUAUUGAGAGGGCAACCCAGACACAAGGCCCGGACCUGCCGAGCUGAGCCGAACCACUUGCUGUUUGUUGUGCCGUGCUCGGGGUGCCCCGUCCCCAUUCAUUUAUGGUGAGGUGAACUCGUCACAGUCUCCCCCGAUGAGCAAUGAUGCCAUGUGGCUCUUAAAUGUUGAAAACGGCCCUGAUUGGCUGUCGGGAAUGGCGGUGGGCGGUCUCAGCUGGUGGUUCCGCAUCCUGGUUCGCAGAACUUAUGCAAACCCCUCCCCCAUUACUGCGGCCAAUCAGAUGGCACGUCGCUUAUCUUUUGAGCUCCGACAUCCUGCCAAACAUCUUCCCUCGUUACAUCACAUGAUGGAAACAAGAAUUAUAUGUUUAAAUUUGUAAAGUCCAGUACCUAUACCAAAGCUGAGCAGUGUUUAAUAGAGGGUUCAUUAGUGGGAAAUAUUUCAAGACUCAUCUCCUGUAUAAACUAAAUUAUUAAAAAACUAUAUAUAUAUCUAUAUAUAUAUAUAUGCAUACUGCUCUGCAUAUAUUUACAUAUGCAAUCGGCAGCCUGGUGAUUUUUUAUUUUUUUUCCUCGAGGGGGGUGCUCUUUGAACUCCGUCGUCCGUGCUGUGUAAUUCUUGUACAGAUGCAAUAUCCACUUGAGUGUUAAUGUCAUAAUCAAAAUAAGUUAGUGAAAAAUGUUAACGAACCCUAUAAAAAAACAACUUUAUAUCCAUCCCAGUUCAGCAUAGUUGUCAUUUCAAGAUGGAGCCCACGUUAAUUCCCCCUUUUGAACUUCCUACUCUGGAGUGGAGUGUAAAUCUCACCUGCCGAUAUUAUAUUUGGACCCCAUUGUCCACUUUUUCUGUCUGCCUCCUGAGGGACUGUCUGUUCGGUGUAUAAAUAAGGUCUGUACUUACCAAACAUACUCCCCUAGCCCCCAUCUUAACCAAGGCUCUAAGGUUUCUGGGAAUUGUAGUCUCCCGGCCUCAUAUCCUUCAGAAAACCCUUUACUAGGGUUAGGGUUUCCAGUGCACAGUCCUAAGAAUAUCCUUUCACGUCAUGGGCGUUGAUCAGACAUUUUGCUCUGUCCAUUUCUGCGAUUCCUUGAUCUGUGAUGUAGCUUUUAUUUUUUGUUUUCUUGUCAGGAGGGUAUGAGUUCUUGAAGGGUCUUUUUUUCUAGCAAACAAACAUAUUCUUGCUGCCUUUCUUUUAAAUAUUAGCGAAAUCCA